UCCUGGAGGGCGAGUGCGCGGACAGGCGGGACGGUCGCUUUCUCAGGUCGCAGAAGACAGAACAGACAUCCCAGGCGAACUGGCGGCGAUGGGCUCCCUGGCGGCCGCCCUCUGGACAGUGCUGCAUCCCCAGACUCUCCUACUGGGUGCUGUCGCCUUUCUGCUCUUUGCUGACUUCCUUAAAAGAAGGCGCCCAAAGAACUACCCGCCAGGGCCCUGGCGCCUGCCCUUCGCUGGCAGCUUCUUCCACCUGGGCUUUGAGCAGUCUCACCUGACACUUCAGAGGUUUGUGAAGAAAUAUGGGAACCUUCUUAGCCUGGACUUUGGAGACAUACCUACAGUUGUUAUUACUGGAUUGCCCUUGAUCAAAGAAGCUCUCAUCCACAUGGACCAAAACUUUGUGAACCGCCCUGUUUCCCCUAUCCGAGAACGUAUCAUUAAGGGAAAUGGAUUGAUCAUGUCCAAUGGCCAGGUAUGGAAGGAGCAAAGAAGGUUCGCCCUGACAGCACUAAGGAACUUUGGUCUGGGAAAGAAGAGCUUAGAGGAACGCAUUCAGGAGGAGGCCCGCCACCUCAUUGAGGCAAUCAAGGAGGAGAACGGGCAGCCUUUUGACCCUCACUUCAAAAUCAACAAUGCAGUUUCCAAUAUCAUUUGCUCCAUCACCUUCGGGAAGCGAUUUGAGUACCAAGAUGGUCAGUUUCAGGAGCUGCUGAGAUUACUGGAUGAGGCCACAUUUACAGAGGCUUCAAUGGCAUGCCAGCUCUACAGUAUCUUCCCACGGAUAAUGAAAUUCCUUCCUGGAUCCCACCAAACAGUCUUCAGAAAUUGGGAAAAAUUGAAAUCGUUUGUUUCUCGUAUAAUUGCAAAUCACAAGAGAGACUGGAAUCCUGAUGAAACAAGAGACUUUAUUGAUGCUUACCUCAAGGAAAUGGCCAAGAAUGCAGGCAAGGCCACUUCAAGUUUCCAUGAAGAGAACCUCAUCUGGAGCACUCUGGACCUCUUCUUUGCCGGAACCGAGACAACUUCUACCACCCUGCGCUGGGGUCUGCUUUACCUGGCCCUCUACCCAGAAAUCCAAGAAAAAGUACACGCUGAGAUUGACAGAGUGAUUGGCCAGGGGCAGCAGCCCAGUGUGGCCGCCCGGGAGUCCAUGCCCUACACCAAUGCCGUCAUCCACGAGGUGCAGAGGAUGGGCAACAUCAUCCCCGUGAAUGUUCCCCGGGAAGUGACGGUCGAUACUGCCUUGGCUGGGUACCACCUGCCCAAGGGCACUAUGAUCCUGACAAAUUUGACUGCGCUGCACAGGGACCCCACAGAGUGGGCCACCCCGGACACGUUCAAUCCCGAGCAUUUUCUGGAAAAUGGACAGUUUAAGAAAAGGGAAGCCUUUCUGCCUUUCUCAAUAGGAAAGCGGGCGUGCCUUGGAGAACAGUUGGCCAAGUCUGAGCUCUUUAUUUUCUUCACUUCCCUUAUGCAAAAAUUUACCUUCAGGCCCCCCAAAAAUGAGAAGCUGAGCCUGAAGUUCAGAAUGGGCAUCACCAUCUCCCCAGUCCAACACCGCCUCUGUGCUAUUCCUCGGGCGUGACGUCGCAGGGAAGGAAAGGGGGAAGGAAGGAAGAAGAAAUGGCAUGUGUUCUGAAGCCACUGGUGACUGCGCAGGUGUGAGGGGACAAAGCAAAAGCAACCCUGAGGAAACAUCAGAGGAAACUAUCUCCAAAUCUGAGCUCUGCUGUCUCCUCCAAAUUAGUCUUGGGAAAGUCAUUGAUGUGCCAAACAAUUUAGCUUUUCAUCUGGGAGAUGAAAAAAGAACAAUGAUUCCUUCUUUAAAGAAAGUUCUUGUUAAAAAUUCAAAGGAAAUAGUAGCCUUUAAGUGAUUUGCAAGCCAUAAAGAACAUCAUAAGUGUUACAGCUGUAAUGUGCCUCCAUCUUGCAUCCUUUGUUCGAUGUGUAUUUGCUUCUGGCCUGUUGAGAGAGCUCAGGUCAAAGUCAUGCAAAAUAGUCUUUACAAGUGGGCCCGGGACAGCCACAGAGGUGAGCCCUAAAGGCUGUCUCAUUUGCUCCCACUGUGCUUACUUUAUUUUCUUCAUGCCUCAGAGUGGUUUUCUGAGAAGUUAGCAGGGCAAGUAUUAUUCCCUAUUGACAGACAGAGAAAUCAAGUGUUGUUGAAGCAGUUUCUAUGGAUGACAUAAGGAAACACUACCUUGGCCUUAGAUCUAGGGCCAAGUAGAGUGUGUCCUCAAUUAACCAACCUGGGAAGCAAGUCUGGGGGACAAAUGUGGAAAUAUUUUCUGUCCUUAAGAGUAUCUCUUUGCCUUAAAUCUUCCAUCAGGUAUCGGUUCUCAGGCUGUUUCACAUUGGAUUUAACUAUGUUAUAGGUGGGAUCUUUUCUUGCAACUAGAUUGCAAGCUUUUGAUGAGCCCUGGUAGAGUAUUUUAUAGUAGGGGAUCAGAAAGAUCACAUACCUGCUCAACCCUUCUGGGUUUAGCUGCUGAGGGGAGACAAUGCUCAUAAAAGAGAAGGCCAGCUAACACUGAUAGUCCAUGGAGCAUUGACCACAAUGCCAAUGCAAAAAAAUGAACAAAACCCCUGGAAAACUAGGCUAACCCCUAUAAAAUGAUCUCUGUUUUC